AUGAAGACUGUUUCCAAGACCUUGAAUGACCUCUCGAUCUCGGUCGCACCAUCGAAGUCAGGCUCGACAGUAUCCAAGUGUCUACCAGUUUCUAACCCAGGAGAGUGUUUCUGGCAAUCUGAAAAGCAUAGGUUACAUGACCACCGCUCUACAGAAGAUCUCCCAACGCACAGCGAUGUAGUCAUUGUCGGUGCAGGGUACGCCGGGGUUAGCACCGCAUACCAUUUAGUCAAAGAGAGCGGUGACUCGGUGAAGUCAAUCACUAUUAUAGAGGCACGAGGUGCAUGUUCGGGUGCAACUGGUAGAAAUGGAGGACAUUUGAGACCAGAUUUGUAUGGUCAUAUCCCAACUUAUGUUGAGCGAGGUGGCCCACGUGCAGGAGCUGAGAUCGCCGAGUUUGAGAUUGCUCACGUCAAGGAGAUCAAGAAGCUCAUCGAAAAAGAGAAGAUAGAUUGUGACUUCAGCCUCUGCCGCACAGUUGAUGUAUGGUGUAAUGAGGAGAUGGCAAAGAAAGCCAAGGGAGUAUAUGACCAGAUGGUAGAGAACGAUUUUGAGUACAUGGAUGAUGUCAUCUUCCAUACGGGGAAAGAAGUUGAGGGCAUCUGUGGAGUUAAAGGUGCCAAGGCUUGUGCUUCAUACACAGCUGGGAGUAUGUGGCCUUAUAAGUUUAUUCUGGGGCUACUCGAAAUAAUUUUGCCAACCGGGAAAGUUAACUUGCAAACCAACACACCAGUGACUAGUGUAACCAGUGUACCCAGUGGAGGCUUCGCCAUUGAGACAAGCAGAGGAAAUACACAUGCCAGCAAGAUAAUAUAUGCCAACAAUGCAUACAUAUCUGCGCUUCUUCCCGAAUACGAUCAAAACAUAGUUCCUUGCAAAGGUAUCUGUUGCCGUAUAACUGUGCCUGAGGGCAAGACAGCGCCACUUCUCAACAACACUUAUAUAAACCGAACAGAAGACAACACUCUUUCGUAUCUUAUACCCAGAGCAGACGGCAGUAUCAUCGUCGGUGGUGCCGGGUCGAAAUUUAGACCUCAUAAAGAUCAAUGGUAUAAUAACGUUGAUGACAGUGUUCUCAUCGAGUCAGCAAAGGAUUAUUAUGAGAAUUAUAUGCAGGAAACCUAUAAUGGAUGGGAAGACUCCGGUGCUAAAGUUAACAAUAUCUGGAGUGGAGUUAUGGGAUAUUCUUACGACUCAAACCCCCACGUCGGCGAGGUACCUGGAAAACCCAAUCAGUUUGUAAUUGCUGGAUUCAAUGGUCAUGGUAUGCCAGUCAUUUGGCUUUCUGGUAAAGCUGUUGCCAAGAUGGUUUCAGAAGAUGUGCCUUUCGAGAAGACUGGUGUUCCACGAUUGUUCAAAACGACUCAAGAGAGGAUAGAUCGGGCCAAGAAUGGAAGCGAAGAGCAGGGCGAUAUUCUUGGUACUGGAAAUCAGAAAGCCACAAAGCAAUGA